AUGGGCACACAGUUGAAGAAUGGAUUCCAGAAGGGCUACAGCUCUACCAAAGAUCAAGAUGACGACAUAGUCGCCGAAGAGGUUGGCUGGGAAGUUUCCAGUCGCACCAAAAAGUGGCUCAUCACGAUUGGUACCCUUGUGGCCGUUUGUCUUCUUUAUGUGUUUUGUUUUCUUUUGCCUAAGAUGUUCAUUCCGGAAACGAAGGAGUUGGUUGGUAUCCACAAGGUGGAACCAUUGAACGUUGUUUUGGCACCGGUGCUGAGUGAAACCGUGAGUCUGUGGGGUCUUGAGAGUUUAGACGAGGAAAGCUAUAGCGACAACGAGGACGACUUUGAGGAGUUUGCAGUUGAAGCUGAUGCCUCGCAGAGUUCUGCUAAGAAGAGCAAGGAGAGACUUAUUCUUGUUGGAGACAUUCACGGUCAGUAUAGAGAGUUCAAGAAGUUGCUUAGAAAGGUGAAGUACAGAAAACACAAGGAUCAGCUUCUUGUUUUGGGUGACUUUAUCACCAAAGGUCCUCACUCACUUAAGGUGCUUGAAUAUCUUAUCGACAACGACGUUGCUUGUAUAAUGGGCAACCACGAGUACUAUGUUCUUCAGAACUAUGCCAAGUACCACGGUCUUCCUCAGCCGUUCUUCGUGAAUGGAACUUCGCCAACGUUUAACGUUUUCGGCAAGUUUAAUGACGAUCCUGAGUUCCUUCUUGCUAAGAAGCUUCGUCCGAGACAUGUGGAGUAUAUCAACAACUGUCCUGUGAUGAAGGAGCUUGGUAGAGUGCCAUUGCACUCAAAGAAGAACAAGGGCAAGACUGGCUCUGCUGAAGGUGUUGCCGUGCACGCUGGCCUUCGUUGGGAUGCGCUUAUUGAUCUCAAUGAACAGGACCCAGAGGACUGUCUUGAAAUGAGAUCGUAUCUCGCUCCAAACUACAACGAGACCACUGACGAUCCAGACGAUAAGCGUGCUGUUUCCUGGUCUAAGAUCUGGAACCAGAAGCAGAAGGCUGGAGAAUUGGACCGUUCCAUUGUUGUGUACUACGGACACGAUGCUGGCAGAGGUCUCAAGCUCAAGAAGUUCUCCAAGGGUCUUGAUUCUGGAUGCUACAAAGGCAGCAAGUUGAGUGCCAUGGUGAUUUGGCAAGAAAAGGCGAAGGGUAAAGAUGACGUGUUGUACAAGGAAGCUCUUGUGCAGCAGAAGUGUUGA